GUGUUGGUGACCGUCGUGGAGAGAGGGCGUGUGUGCGAGCCUCGGUCUGUUAUGGCGUGUGCGUGACGGAGAAAACAGAAGAGAGAGAGAAAAAAAAAAAGAAAAGUAAAGAUAGAAAGAAACGAUUGGAUAAAGACGCACAAAUAAGGAAACGAAAAGAAAGAAAACAAGGAAGUCUGAGCGAAUCUGUUAGAUAGAUAAUAAGGGACGAUAUGUGAUACCCCCUUCCAAAAAAAAAAAAUGAUAAAAGAAAAAAACAAAAAACAAAGAAAAACAAGCACAUGUGAUAAUUAUCGAGAAAAUGAAGAAAAUAAGUGAGAAUAUCUUGGAAAUAAUGAUACAGAAACCAUUAAGUAUAACUGAAAAUAGCUGGAAAUAUACUUGAAAUAAUACUACAGAAAACAGAGACUCGUAUAGAAAGAAACAAUGGAUCGUAAAGUGUGAGAAAGAAAUGAACUGAAGAAAAAAAUAUAUGAAAAAAAAAAAAACUACUACCACCACCACCACCACCACCAGCAAGAAGACCACGAGACGAGCCACUCCUGCAGUAAACUGACGAAGCAGCUCCCUCCCAAGUGACUGACCUGCUCCUCUGACGCCUCUUCUUUGCAUCCCCUUCAUUCAUAUCCCCCCCAGCCCAGCCAACCCAGACCAGCCAGCGAGCGACUCCCGCACAAACGUUCUUCCCCAACAACCCUCCCUAUAAUCAUAAUCCACAUAAACGUUCUUACCGGUAACGUUUCCACUCCUGAAAUGAAAAUGUGGAUAAACAUGGAUACUUCUAAGACGUGAGGGAGGCAGAGAAGAAAGGCGGUAGGGUAGGAAAGGUGGAUGAGGAGGAGAAGGAGGAGGAGGAGGCGAGACAACAAUCCUGGCGACGUGGAGGGUGACAAUGACACGCCUCUUGGCCCCAACUCCCGCCACCCAUGCCCAUACUCACGCUCAUACCCACACCCACACAGUGCCCACGGACCGCCCUCAUCGCCUGCAGGAGGAGAGGAUGGCGAGGGAGAGCGAGGACUGCCUGAGGAGGGAGGAGGACGACGAUGAGGAGGAAGAGGAAGGAGGUGAAGUGGAGGAAGAGAAAACCACUCAAAUAAUGGAUCGAAAACAGGUUGAGGGUCUGUCUUUGUCCGCGGAAGAAGAAGAGGAAGAGGAAGAGGAGACAGAGGAGAACGGAGCUGGCGGUGAGGAUAAAGAAGACGAAGAGGAGGAAGAUGAGGAAGAAAGAAGUGAAUUAUUAGCAGAGGAGGAGGAGGAGGAGGAGGAGAGAGUAACGCAGAUAGUGGAAAGAAAACGGAUGUGUGGAGGGACUGUAUUAUUGGAGGAAGAGAACGAGAAGGUGGAGGAGAAUGGACUUGGCGAUGAGAAAGAGGAAGACGACGAUAAAGAAAAUGGUGAUGAUGAGGAGGAAAGAGAAGAGGAAAGUCAUGGAGAAGAGCUGGAGGAAGGAGGAAGCGGUGAGGUGGAGGAGGUGGAGUGGAGCGAGGAGGUCUGCACGAGGUCCCCUGAAGAGAACUACCAAAGAAAAUGGAUUAUUGACGAGCGACAGAAAACCGAAAUAUUUAAAGGGAAGCUCCUGGAAAGUGACGCGGAAGACCAUGAAGGCAGUGGUGGCGGUGGUUGUGUUAGUGAGAGUGAGGACGCGGACGAGGACAGAGGAGGUAAGGCAAAGGAAGAUGAAACUGAGGACACGGAGGAGCAUGGAGAUGGACUGAGUGUUGGUAAGGAAAGUAAAGAAGAAGCUGAUGAUUCAAAGAACGGAGAUGUACCAAGCAAUGCGAGUGACGAUGAAGAAAUUACCGCCAUUUUAAAGAACGGAGGUGUGACGUCAGACGCUGAAAAGGAUGACACAGAGGAGGACCAUAACUACACCAUCAGCGAAGACAUCACAAAUGGUGCUGGGAACCGCAACGAAGUACCAAACUGUACCACAGACGGGGAUUCCACUGUAAAUGGCACAGUACCUACUUGUGCCGUAAGCGAACAUGAGGUGGUAAGUGAUGUCAGUGACGAAGGAAAAGCUCCUAACUGUGCCACGAGUGACGAUAACAUUGUUAAUGGUGUUGUGGACUUUGUGACAGCCUCCACCACCAGCAAGGGUAAUGAGCACUGCCCUGAAGGUGGCGGGCAAGUUGAACAUUUCCCUGGAUGUGUUGAGAGUGCCUGUGGUGGUGCCGAGGCUGAGGAGUCUCUCCCUGACAGUACCAGUGCUAGUGAAGCCGUCUGUAGUGCUAGCGAGGAAGACGCCUGUGGUCGGGCCAGUGAGCGGCGCGGCGAGGGAGUGCAUAGUGCUGCCGGGGCUGUAGCGGACACUCCUCAGCAUGGCAGGGACGCGGCCGCGGGUGAUCCCACUGGCGCGGGAAGCUCCCCUGCUGAUACCAAAGAAGGUGAAUGUGUUCCUGCAAGUGUUAUGGAAUGUAACAAUACCUUUGACGGUCUUACAGAGAGCAUUUAUGCACCUAACACUGACUUUGACAAAAACACUAUAAAACAAAUUGGAGAUGCACUUGAAAGUAACAUAGAAGAAAGGAAAGGUGUUCCUAAAAGUUCCGUAAGAAAUUCACACACUUCUGACAGUGACAAAGGCAGUUCAGACAGUACAGGCAGUGCCACAGACAAUGGAAGCGCUCCUGACAGCACCAAUGACUGUGAAGUUGCCCCUAAAAAUGGUAGACACUCUGAUCAUUCUCUUGAAAGUGCCUGGGAUAUUAAAGGUGUCCCUGAAGGUGCCAGGGACGUUGAAGGGGUCCCUGAGACAGUUAGGGCUGCUGAAGAUCUUCCUCACACUGAUGGGGAUGAUGAAAACUGUCGUGUAAGUGAUGGUGAUGGUGAAUAUGCUCCUGAAAGUGGUAGGGACGAUGAACAUGUCUCUGAAAGUACUAAGAGUGGCACAGAAGUCCCUGGAAGUGAGAGGGACGGUGAAGAUGGUCUUGAAGUGGCCACAGACAUUAAAGGUGUCCCUGUAGAUGCCAGUGAUACUAAAGAUGUCCCCGAGGAUGCAGCAGACAGUGAAGGCAUUCCUGAAAAUGCGAGGAACAUUGAUAGUUUACUUGAGAGCACCAGGAACUUUGAACAUGUCCCUACGAGUUUCAGAAACAUUACAGUUCUGCAAAGCAGCGAGAACACUGGAAAUGUACCUGUGUGUGCCACAAACACUGAAUGUGUUCUUGGAGGCGACGUGAAUACUUACCACGUCCCCGAGAGUGGUAGGGAAAGUGAAGAUAUUCUUGAAAGUGACACUGAUAGUGAAGAUGUUCUUCAAGGUGGGAACUCAGAAGAUAUCCCUGAAAGAAUCGUUGAGGCUGAAGACAUCCUUGAAAGUGCGAGGGACGGCGAGGAUGUUGUCGAAGACUCCCGUAACGGUGAUGGUGACAGUGUCACGGAUGCUGAGCAUGGGACUCAGAGUGCCAGAAUUUUUAAAGAUGAUCCUGAAGGAGCCAAUAAUGGUGAUGUCUCUGGAAACAUCAGGGACUUCAGUGUUACCAGAAUAUCCACGGACCAUGAAGACGUCCCUGACGACGUUAUGAAAGAUGACAAUGUCCCUAAAGUGAUGAUGGACUGUGUGGACGUUCCUCAUCAUAGUGGUGACAGGGAAGGCACCACUAAUGUUAAGAGAGCUAAAGAAGGCGUCAGUAUUGGUGAAGUGGUCCAUACUGGUGGCGGGAGGAGUGUAUCUGAUUCCCACGCUCUCCCAAACGGUGAAGACGCACCUGACAAUGCCAGGGACAGGAGAUGCCGCACACACGACGCCGGACACGAACCUGUCCCCAUUUUUGAGCGUGGCGCGCUUCCUGCUAAUGAAGGAGGACGCCGCUUAGCCACCCGUGGGGACGUCUGUGUGGCUACAGUGCGACGGGUGGAGGGCGAUGCGUGGCCCAUCAGGGUAGACACCGAGAGACGGAGAGGCAGUGCAGGUGAGGGGCGCAGGGAGGCAGGGGAAGGAUGGAUCCCGCGGCGGGCGAGGCACAAGGACCACGUGGAGCAGCAGGUGGCUGACCCCUUAGCUUGUCUGAGGCAGCGGCCCGCGCCCCUGCCUGGCCCCAGAUGCACUUGUGGAAAUGCCUCGUCUCCCUGGAGGGCGCGUUUCUUCGAGGAGUCCCUGGGGUGCAUGGCGUCAGAGCAGCAGCAGGAGGCGGUGUCCCAGAGGCAGCUCCGUGACCUGACCCUUAGCCUGGCGGCGGCAGCUGCGGAAGAGGCGGAGCUGACCUCCCAGGAGCACAAGAGUCUCAGCGACCUGCACGAGGUGAGGAGGCGAGACCACUGUGGCGGAAGCAAGAGGUCCCUCACGUGGGGCGUGAAUAGCUCCCCGGGGCGGGCGAUUCAGGCACACACUGUGCCUCGCCCCGCCCCUAUGCGGGGAGUCUAUGUGCCUGGCGGAGGACCGCUGGGAUUCGCCCCGCCCCAGACCCUCGCCUUGGCGCCCAGCGACGAUGGCUCGAGGAUCAGCGCCUCCUGCUACACCCUGUGCGGCCCACCCCGCCCCUCGGGCCACACGGGGAGAAAAGGCGUCCGCUCCUGCAUUUUGCCAGAGGGCUCUUUUUUCCCAAACCCGUCGCCUUGCGUCCCUCUGCCAGGAACCCUGCGGUCAAGGGUCCAUUCUGAGCCCAACGUGUCUGGACGCCUGGUCAGCCCGUCGUCUCCUCCGCCCCGCCUCGCCACGCCUCGCGGCCUUUCUCAGCUGUUCUCGAGCCGCAGGAAGUCCAUCGCGUCUUGUAUCUACCCGGCCACGGCAGACGAGGACGCGUUGCCCUACGUCAAGACUGGCGCCCCUGCCAUUCCCAGAGGCUCCACUCCCACCCGGGGCAGCACUGCGGGGCUCCAGGACAGGCAGGGGCUUUCCUCGCCGACGGGUGAUUGGGAAUCCCCGCGGCAAGGGUGUUGUGGCCCCUCGCCCCUGUGCCCCGCCCCGCGAUUUGUUGCCACUGAUCCGCGACCCAGACAGGCGCGGGCUGGCCGGCGGCGUCCCCAGUCUCUGGUUAUCAUCCCCGAGACACAAAUGGCCUGGGCUCCCGAGCCUGCCACCGCCGCCCCGGAGGUUCUGUCCAGGCCGGAAUGGGGCUCUCAAAGACUUGCUUCGCCAGGAGAGCCGCUGCCCCCGGAAGAGAGACGCAGGUUGUACCGCGGGAGUGGCCGCUCGUGGUCCUUCACUCCUGCCGACAGGCUGCAGCCAGUGCGUGCCCAACCCUCACCCCGCGACGCCGCCACGAAAGCGCCCCGCAGAACGGCCAGCCUGCGGGGACUCUUCACGUCAUCCUCUCUUCGCUCACCAGACGUCAUCUUCCCGUGGCGGCGUGGGGAGCCAACCAGGAGCUCCGGCCGCUGCAGCCCUGCCCCCUUUGACGGGCAGAGCCAACCACAGAGCGCCCCUCCCUGCCCCAGCCAAUCAUCGAUCUCCCUGCGACCUGAGGAGGCGACGACCAAUGGCGAGGCGAGGUCUAAGGACAGCGUGUGGUGGAGGGGGCGGCCCGGCAGUGGGGGCAGCGGUGGGGGAGGGGGAGGCACCCGCACCGCCAGGAAGGAGAAGGCCUCGUCCUCCCCCGCCUUCAGGAGAGCCUCGCUGAGCCACUCCGAAUGGGACAUAAGGAGCAGCAGGCCCUGGUCACACGUGUACAGCGAGCAGGAGGCGGCCAAGCUGAGCCAGUCUGUGUGUCGCCUGGCCGUUACGUCCUGCGAGGAACGUGGCGUGGAGGUGCCCGCCGCGGGGGUGGAUGAGAUGGGCCCCAGCUCUCUGCCCCUCAUGCCCUCUUCCUCCACCUCAUCCUCCUCCACGCACAUCGCAUCCUCCUCGGAGGGCAGCGGGGUGUUCCAGAAGUUCAAGAAGUCUCUCUCUCUACGCCUGGCACGGAAGGGGAGUAAGGACGGCACUCCCACCGCCUCCACCGAACCCCCGGAGCACCCAGAGGUCCACCACAACCACCACAACCACCACAACCACGACCCGCCGCCCCCUCACCAGCCACUGCCUCGCCGGUGGGGGUCGUUCUCCCGAGACGACGAUCCCAGCAAGGCAGCAACGACCUUCCUGUUUGGCCAUCCGCUGUUCCGGUCCAGCAAGGAGCGUCGCCGGGCCCGCCUCAGGGAUGCCCGCGCCACCAAGUGUAAUUCAGCAGACUCAGGCGACUCGGGCAUUGAGCUGGUCACGGGGUCAGGUCACGUCACCACACCGCAGACCAAUGACCUUGACCUCUUCGGCUCGUCGGGGGUCGAUUCCGCGCUCACCGCGAGUCUUGCCGAUGAAGGGAGCGGCAGUGGCAGCAGCGGGGACAGGCUGCGGGAACCCAACCCCCGGGCGGUGCGGCGAACACACAGCGACGUGGGCGGACGGGGAGCCACCUGCUACUCCCGCCAGAUGUCCACGCCGCAGCCCAUCAAGGUCCGCCCCGCACACAGACUGCCACAGCACAACACAGCCUCCCUGCACAGAGCCAAGAGUGUUGAUGCGAUACCGGAAAGCCGCCCAAAAAUAAUGAACAGCCUGAAGAGGAGUAAAGGGUCGUCACACCUCCGCCGCUCAAUCAGUCAACCUCUGGACUUGGACAAAACGACGUCCAACUCCUACAACACACCCACCUCGAGUCUCCGCCGGUGCCGCAGCCCUGAUGACGUGCCCGCCAGCAGACACCAGCGCCGCCCUUCCGCUGGGGACAUCCUUAACGACGAGAACACCACCUCAGAGGACGAGAUUGGGAUGUCUGACUCAGAGGACUUCAGGGGCGAUCUCAAAAGGAGUCUGGAUGAGGACGACAACCAGAUCGUAUACGCCGAGGCCUUGUGGGACCACGUGACCCUGGACGCCGAGGAGCUGGUGUUCAAGGCUGGGGACCUCAUUACCGUCAUCGACUCCGGGGACAAGGACUGGUGGUGGGGCCGCAUCAGUACCCGCGCUGGAUGGUUCCCCGCCGCCUUCGUCAGGAUAUUGGUGAACCAGGAAGACCACCAGAGCGCGAGGAACCACCAGGACCCACGCAACAGAGGUCCUGCGCGAAAGCUGAGUAUCUCCGGCCUGUCCCACGACCAGAUCCGCACCAACGUGAUCAACGAAAUAAUCAGCACGGAGCGGGACUUCGUGAAGCACCUGCGUGACGUGAUCAAGGGUUACCUGAUGCAGGUGUGCAAGCGGGGCGACAUGUUCAGCAAGGAGCGCAUUGCCACCAUCUUUGGCAACAUGGAGGCACUCUACCACUUCCAGAGUGGCUUCCUCAAGGAGCUAGAGGAGUGUAUAGACUGGCAGGAGCCCCACAAGUCUUGCAUUGGGGCCAUCUUUAUUAGAAAUCGGGAGAAGUUUGAGAUUUACAGUGAGUACUGCAACAACCACCCGGCGGCCACCUCAGCGCUGCAGGAGCUCUACCAGGACCAGCGGUAUGUGCACUUCUUUGAGGCAUGCCGGCUGCUGCAGGAGAUGAUUGACAUUUCCCUUGAUGGCUUCCUUCUCACACCUGUCCAAAAGAUCUGCAAGUAUCCACUGCAGCUGCAAGAACUGCUCAAGUACACCAAGACGGACCACCCGGACUAUAGCAGUGUGAAGGGUGCACUGGAGGCCAUGCGGGACGUGGCUCUGCUGGUCAAUGAGCGCAAGAGGCGGAUGGAGUGCCUAGAGAAGAUAGCGUCUUGGCAGAUGACAGUGGAGGGGUGGGAGGGGCCAGACCUGCUGGAGGAAAGUUCACAGCUGAUCCACCAGGGGGAGGUGACCAAGGGGGCAGGCGGUGCAUGGCCCAAGGAUGUGACGCUGUUUCUGUUUGACCACCAAUUAGUGUACUGCAAGCGUGACCUGCUCAAGCGCAACACCUUUGUCUACCGUGGCCGCCUCAACCUGGAUAUGUGUGAGGUGGUGGACAUGCCAGCCAACAAAGAUUCAAGCUUCAACAUGAGUAAUGGCUGGAAGAUUCACAGUGUUGCCAAGAACAAGUGGUACACUUUUUCCUGCAAGACAAACCCAGAGAAACUCAAGUGGAUGGAAGCCUUCAGGAAGGAGCGAGCGUUGGUGGCAGCGGACGAGAGCGCUGGCUUUGUGGUGGGGGAGAAGGCCAAGAACCUGGCCAGAGUGGCAGCACGAAACCAAAGGAAUCGACCCAAGAGACCAAGAACGACCAAAACUCACAAGCGCGUGCAGGCCAUGACUUACGCUCAGGCCGAACUGCUAGUCAAUCUUGAUCCUGAUUCGCGCUCCAAUAGCCUUCCCUCAGGUGUGCAGGCACCCGAAGGGAAGAAGAAAGGUACAUGGUUCAGCUUCGGUGGCCACAAGAAGGGCCGGGGCUCAGGCCGUACCCUUGGCCAGAUCCAGCACCAUCCUGUGUGAGGGCACGAGGCCGGGCGAGCAGCAUGCCGCCCCCCAUCCCCCUUCCCCUCUGUGGCAUGAGCCUGGGAGGUCCCCAUGAGGUCCAUCAAGACUCACACUCCACAUCUAACCACCCACAUUUGCAUCGGCUUUCUUGCUUGUGUAAAAAAACUAAAAGAAAUGAAAAAAAAAGAAAACUGCUCUCCACUAUUUUGUACACACUUGUUUACACUCAAGACGUUCCAGGUGUCUCUUACGGGUCACGUUCAUAUGACAUUUUACACCCCACCCACCCCACAACAGAGGUGCAUGGGUGUGCACACAUUGUUUGCUGGAGCAGUGAUGACUGGUGAAUGCAUUAUCAUGGCCUCUCAUUUAUCUUGUCUGUUCGUCUGUCUGUCUGUCUGUCUAUCUAUCCGUCUGUCUGUUAGUCAGUCUGCACCACAUGAUAUUCUUCACUAGCAACCAAAGUCAGUUCUGGGAGUCACAUCUACUUGAAGUGUCUGUCUGUAGCAAGUGAAGUGAAGCAGAAGUCUAGUCAACCUGCCUUUUAUCUGUUGGGUGACCUGCAGAUAUGUGGUGGAGUACUGGUGGUGAUAGGUUGUGGCAGAGCAGUGCUGGAGUGAGGAGUAACAGUGGUGGAGUGAUGAAGUUCAACGAAUAUCUUAGUGCCACCAAAGUAGUGCUCUUAAUAGGCUCAGCUUAACCCUGUGGAGAAUGUGUUUGGGUGCAUCAUUUUAUCCUUCCUGCUCCCUGCCCUGCUUGCCUCCAGUAUCAUGGAUGGAUGUCAGGAAAUUGAAAAAAAGGGAAAAGUAGUGCAAGGGAGGAAGAAUAAUGAAAGAAGAGCAGCAUUCAACAGUGAUGGAGGAGAUUGGAUGUCUCCCUUCCUGUCCACAAUGCCGCGAGAUGAAAAUGUCAGGAAAUAGAAAAUAAUGGUGAAGAAGUUUAGUUUCAAGGAUGGUGUGUUGUUACAGCAGAAUGGCAUGCUGUAACAGUGGGGAAGGAGAACAGUGGAAAAUAGGAGAGCUGUGGCAAAAAAAAAAAAAAAAGAUGGAGAAAUAAGGUGAUGACAGGGAAGAAGGGUGGGAAUACUACUCAAUUGUGCCUCAAUUCUCUGAUACAUCCGCUCACGGCUUGCCUUUGUGCAGUGUUAGGGUGACUUUUUAUCAUCAUCAUCUUAAUGGCAGUCCUAGUUCUACUUAUUUAAGUCCUCUACUUAGUGUUCUGUUGAUGUUUCCAGGUUUGUGAUUGUUUUAAAUUAUUAUUAUUAUUAUUAUUAUUAUUAUUAUUAUUAUUAUUAUUAUUAUUAUUAUUAUUAUUAUUAUUAUACAUGCUAUAUUUUGUUGCUAAUUUUUCUUUAUUUGUUAAUAUGUCCCAUUUUAAUCAAUGUUAGCACCUGUAAAUUCCUUGUUCCUACUGCUUGUUUUGCUAAAUUUAUUAUUGUGUAAGUUUUGAUAAUACUUGUUGUAAUGGCCAUCAGCAUAUCUUGGUCGUAUCUCAUGUCAGGCACAAAUUCUUAUUAAAGAAUGAACGUUUCUAUGAUACGCUUAUCACUAGUUGUAAAUGGAAGUCGGAGAUGGCUUGUGGUGAACACUUCAUACCUACCAGUGGCCACAGCAUUGAUCACAAUGCAGUGUGUGGAGGACCUGUGUGCGGUGUUACACAUUUGUUUUAGUCUCUCCUACUUAUUUACUACAUGUUCCAUUUAUCAGAUCAGGAGAGAUAAGGAGAAAUAGAUGAAAGUUUAAAUAUGUCUUACUUAUUGUAGCAUACAUAUGCUACUGAAAGUGUAAAACUCACUGCAGGAGUAUUUAUAAAGAAUAUAAUAUGAGUAGAAGAAAAGUUGUCGUGAGAGCAUGUUGUCCUGAUAAGGAAACAAAGAAAGCUCUUCCCUUAGGUACAUACAUAUGAGACCGAGGUCUGUCUUACCUCCACCAGCACAGCAACAACUGCUGCCUGGCUGGAGUCUGUGUCAGCUGUGGUGUUCUCAGUGUUUGUAGAUAACAACAGUGUCAUAGAGUACAUAAAGAGUUUGAUGUCUUUUUCAACUUGAUUUGGUAUGUGUACAUGACUACAUACCUGUGUGUGUGUUUGCAUGUAUGUGUAUGUAUGUAUGUAUGUACAUAUCUUGGUGAAAGUGUUGUUUUCCUUGGUGUUAACAUUCCUCCUCACCAAAUAGAUCCCCAACUGCAUCUGAUUGACCUGUCAAGUGCUGCAUAAACUAUGAUAUUCAGUAACAUCUACUUCCUCUUCCUUCUCUGUUUUCCUCCUACCACUCUUGCCUUUCUCCUCACCGGUGAAGAGCACCAACUCAAGACUGUGUGUCAGGUGUGCAGAGUCCAAACACAAACCUCAUUCCAACACCUGGUUUUUCCUGACCCAGAAUUAUAGUAAAAGAUAGAAAUAUAUACACUUGCCCUCAUGGGAGUGUGUGUUUGUGUGUGUUUGUGUGUGUGUGUGUGUGUGUGUGUGUGCAUGUAUGUACGGGUGCCCAACUUUCCCUGUGUGUCUGUGUUCAAUGUUAGUAGGAGCUUUCAACAUAAUCAUCUUCAUUGUGUUCAGGUAGACAAGUAUAUAUUAUUUUUCCCCAUCUUGUUGUCAUAGUCUGCCUUGGCUGCUGUGGGUUGUUUAUCUGUCUGUCUGUCUGUCUGUCUGUCUGUUAGAUGAUUUCCUCUUGUGCCUGUCAGAUAGCAAUAGAGAUGUUCAGCUGGUAAUGCAGAAGAGAAAUGAUCUUGGUAAUGACUGCAUGAGUGAUGUACAUUCUUCCUGGACUGCAGUAAAUGCCAUUGCUUGAUUUUUUUAUUUAUCAUGAUAAGAAAAUUACAUUAUUGUACUACAUUGGAUUUCCAUUUUUAUAUUUGUGUGUGUGUGUGUGUGUGUGUGUGUGUGUGUGUGUGUGUUGCAAGAAAAGGAGAAACCUAAGUAGGGUUGAUUAUAGAUAAAUAUUUAAAAUAUGAUGGUGUGAAUGCACAUAAACCUCAUGGACAACAAUGGCAGACAGCAGAUUAAAGAAGCAAAUGACAAGAAAGAGGAAUUAUUGAUUGAUUUAAACCUGUAAAGCUUAAGUAAUCACCACACAACUGCCUUAGCCAUGUGCCAAUAACAUAAAGCUUUACUUUCAAAGGGAAGAAUGGCAGGUACACUACCUGUUGUAAAUGGAAGUGAGAGUUGAGGAAACUUCUAUUACUCCUUGCUUCUGAGAAGAGAGAGAGAGAGAGAGAGAGAGAGAGAGAGCGAGCAAUAUUACUGCUUAUGAAGAUUUUUGUAUGAGAGGAGAGGUCUAAAUGUUAUUUUAAAAUUAUAUAACUGUACUAAUGCUUUAAGACACUUUGUGCAUUACUGUGGCAAAGUGUGUGUGUGUGUGUGUGUGUGUGUGUGUGUGUGUGUGUGUGUGUGUGUGUGUGUGUGUGUGUGUGUGUGUGUGUUGAGUCGCCUCAGUGUCUAGCCUCUACAUAUUUAUGUGAACACAAGAUGGACCAACAAUAAGGUGUGAAGUCUUGUCUGUGUGUGUGUGUGUGUGUGUGUGUGUGUGUGUGUGUGUGUAAUCAACUGAAAUAAAUAAUACUAACAAUAUAUAUUUCUUCUUGAGGCACUGUGCUUGCCAGUUUUAUCACACUCACACCAGCCAGCCUUACAGCCUUCCCAGCAGCAAGCAGGAGGCAGGGGCAGGUGUUGGGCGGUGUGAAGGCAGGGAGGCCUGCUGCUGCUGCUGCUGCUGCUAUACUGUUCUUUAAGGCUGCCGUCUUCGAAAGUCUCCAAAGACACUUGUACAUUUCCUAUUUUUUUACUUGAUUGUCUUUCUUCUAUGAGAGAUGUGUCACGGUUAUUGCCCAAAGAGAGAGAGAGAGAGAGAGAGAUAGAGAGAGUGAGAAGCUUUAGGACCAGACCUGAAACGUGAUUUGAUUAAUUAAGCUGUGUAAAUAUUAUUAUAUAACAUUUGUAUUCUAUUAUUGUUCUUAAUCUGUACAGUGAUGUGAAUAUAUGUAUUCAUUGUAAAUUUGUAAAUAUAAAAAUUUUCCUAUGUGGC